GCCAUUGUCUUCUUGUUCGACAGGUACUGAAGUUUUGUGAGAAGCAUGGUCUCGAGAAGUUUGACGCUGAGAUCUUGCCCACAGCUCGCACCCUUGAGCUACGAGCUGAGUAUCGUGACGGACAUGGUCAAGGAAUGACUCUAGACCGUGGCUUCCUAGAAGCUAAAGGCGAGCUCUUCAAGGUGAGGAGAAGCGAGAUGUUUGACAAGUUCGAGCUGUUGGCGAAGACUGCCCAUUUUCGUGAUCCGCUUAGCCUUUAA